CUAGCGUUCAGAUGGAGCAGCUCUGGCAACAGAAGAAGCAGGUUAUAUUAUUGAUUACCUGCUGCAGCAGACACUUGCACCAAGAUUUUUUUUUACGAGCACAGAUGAAACAGAGGAGGCUCUACUGAGCGCUGCUAUUUUUAUUAGUAUUGCUUUCUUAAGACUUCAUUAAAAAAAGAACAGGAUACACAUGCUGAAUUUCAUUUGUGACAGGUGGAGUAAGAGCCUGGGCACCUGACUCUGGCAUCAGUGCUGAAUGCCUGAAACUGGAUGGUGCUACAGCCUCAGCUUAGGAAGUAAUGCAACAACUUUACCUAUGAAGAGGGAGUUCAGCAAUGGAAGAUUUUGAAGGAGAAAGGCCUUUAUGAGGAUGUGGAUUUAACUGAUAUUAUGACAUACAAAAUCCCUCCCCACAUGAGGAAAAGAGCCCUCUCAUGGUAAUGUUAGAGGAAUAGCAGCUGGAGACAACCUGCUGCACUCUGCUACUCUGUGAGACAAACAUCAGUAAAGCCAAGCAGCAAGAAAAGAAGGGCUCUUCAUGAGAAAAUGACAGCAAGAGAACACAGCCCCCGCCAUGGUGCCAAAUCCCGCACUGUGCAGAGGGCCUCCACCAUUGAUGUCACCUCUGACAUGGUUGGCCUUUCUCUGACAGGAAACAUUCAGGAUCCAGAUGAGCCGAUUUUAGAGUUCAGUUUAGCUUGCAGUGAGCUGCUAACUCCAUCGCUAGAUCGAAAACCAAAUAGUUUUGUAGCAGUGAGUGUAACUACACCUCCCCAGGCAUUCUGGACGAAGCAUGCACAGACAGAAAUUAUUGAGGGAACAAGUAAUCCUAUCUUUCUAAGCAGCAUUGCCUUUUUCCAAGACUCUCUUAUCAAUCAAAUGACACAAAUCAAACUCUCCGUGUAUGACGUCAAAGAUAGAUCUCAGGGAACAAUGUAUUUGUUGGGUUCUGGGACGUUCACUGUAAAGGAUCUUCUUCAGGAGAAGUACCACAGGUUGCACAUAACACUAAGGUCCUCCUCCAAAAAAAUCUCAACGCAGAGUAUUUGUUGCAGGUCGGCUGAAAGUGACCGUGUUGGUAACAUCACAGUUAUUGGAUGGCAGAUGGAGGAAAAAUCUGACCAAAGGCCUCCAGUGACAAGGUCACCUGAUACAAUUAAUGGAAGGACUGUGUUGCCAGUUGAUGAAAGUUUAACAGAAUCCUUAGGAAUCAGAUCCAAAUAUGCUUCAUUGCGGAAGGAUGCACUAUUGAAAUCUGUGUUUGGUGGUGCCAUUUGCCGAAUGUACCGUUUCCCAACCACUGAUGGAAACCACUUGAGAAUCUUGGAGCAGAUGGCAGAGAGCAUCCUGUCACUGCACAUCCCUAGACAAUUUGUGAAGCUGCUUCUAGAAGAAGAUGCAGCAAGGGUUUGUGAACUAGAAGAACUGGGAGAACUGUCUCCUUGUUGGGAAAGCCUUCGUCGACAAAUAGUUACACAGUACCAAACAAUUAUUUUAACUUACCAGGAAAAUCUAACUGACCUGCACCAGUAUAAAGGUCCUUCAUUUAAAGCCAGUAGCUUGAAAGCUGAUAAAAAAUUGGAAUUCGUUCCUACGAAUUUACAUAUACAGAGGAUGAGAGUCCAGGAUGAUGGAGGAUCAGAUCAGAACUACGACAUAGUCACCAUAGGAGCACCAGCAGCUCAUUGUCAAGGCUUUAAAUCAGGUGGCUUGCGGAAAAAGCUGCAUAAAUUUGAAGAGGCAAAGAAACACAGUUAUGAGGAGUGUUGCACUUCAACAAGUUCCCAGUCUAUAAUAUACAUCCCACAGGACAUUGUUAGAGCAAAGGAAAUUAUUGCACAAAUCAACACUCUGAAAACGCAAGUCAGUUACUAUGCAGAAAGACUCUCAAGAGCUGCCAAGGAUAGAUCAGCUAAUGGCCUUGAAAGAACACUUGCCAUCCUAGCAGAUAAGACCCGGCAACUUGUCACAGUCUGUGACUGCAAGCUGUUGGCAAAUUCGAUACAUGGAUUGAAUGCUGCAAGGCCAGACUAUAUAGCUUCAAAAGCAUCUCCAACCUCUGGAGAAGGGGAACAAGUGAUGCUAAGGAAUGAUCAAGAUACACUUGUGGCCAGAUGGACAGGAAGAAAUAGCCGAUCUUCUCUGCAGGUGGACUGGCAUGAAGAAGAAUGGGAGAAAGUUUGGUUGAAUGUCGACAAAAGUCUGGAAUGUAUCAUACAGAGAGUGGACAAACUUCUCCAGAAGGAGCGCCUGCAAAGUGAUAGCUGUGAAGACGUUUUCCAGUGUGACGUCAGCAGUAGUAGUAAGAAAGGUAAUCGGGACAGUCGUGCCUACUGGAUAAAUCCAGAAGAUUUAAAUGAAAUCUCAUCAUCCUCACCAUCUUCAUCAUCCUCACCACCAUCUUCAUCCACACCAUCCUGUGCAUGCCAGUCUCUCAAGACAAAUUGCAGCCCUACUCCGGAAGAAUCUGCCCCAGGUGAAUGGAGUGAAGCUCUUUAUCCCUUGCUGACCACACUCACUGACUGUGUAGCCAUGAUGAGCGACAAGGCAAAGAAAGCCAUGGUCUUUUUAUUAAUGCAGGACAGUGCCCCGACAAUAGGGCUCUGCCUGAGCCUUCAGUAUCGCAGGGAUGUUGUCUUCUGCCAGACUCUGACAGCUCUCAUUUGUGGUUUCAUUAUCAAACUGAGGAACUGCCUGCAUGAUGAUGGAUUUCUAAGACAACUCUACACCAUUGGCUUGCUGGCACAGUUUGAGAGCCUGCUGAGCACUUAUGGUGAGGAGCUGGCAAUGCUGGAGGACAUGAGUUUGGGAAUCAUGGACUUGAGGAAUGUAACCUUUAAAGUAACUCAGGCUACGUCGAAUACAUCUACUGACAUGCUGCCAGUCAUCACUGGAAAUCGUGAUGGAUUUAAUGUGAGGAUCCCUCUGCCAAGCGCCUUGUUUGAUUUGUUGCCACGUGAGAUUCAAAGUGGAAUGUUACUGAGGGUUCAGCCUGUUCUUUUCAACGUGGGAAUCAAUGAGCAGCAAACCCUAGCAGAGAAGUUUGGAGACACCUCACUGCAAGAAAUAAUUAACAUGGAAAGCUUAGUGCGGUUGAAUUCAUAUUUUGAGCAGUUCAAGGAAGUUUUGCCUGAUGAUUGUCUACCUCGAUCUCGUAGUCAGACGUGCCUGCCUGAACUGUUAAGAUUUCUGGGACAAAAUGUACAUGCAAGGAAAAACAAGAAUGUUGAUAUCCUUUGGCAAGCUGCUGAGAUAUGCCGCAGACUUAACGGUGUUCGAUUUACGAGCUGUAAAAGUGCCAAGGAUAGGACUGCCAUGUCCAUCACCCUGGAGCAGUGUUUGAUCCUACAGCAUGAACAUGGAAUGGCUCCACAGGUCUUCACUCAGGCUCUGGAGUGUAUGAGGAGUGAGGGUUGUCGCCGAGAAAAUACAAUGAAGAAUGUUGGAUGUCGCAAGUAUGCAUUUAAUUCCCUGCAACUGAAGGCUUUCCCAAAGUAUUACAGGCCUCCAGAAGGAACUUAUGGAAAAGUUGAAACAUAAGCAUACUAUGUCCUUUAAUUGCUGUUCCAUUAAAACCUGUGGAUACACUCUAGAUUAACACAUGAUUUUGUCAUCCAGAAGAGAUAAAUAACCUUUUUGUACGUUUCGCUAGGUCAUACAGAGCAUGUUACCGAAUUGGAAUCUAUAGUAACAAUUAUUCUGACACCUUAGCUUGAGAAUAGUGUGAUGACUCUCUGCCCGUUUCAAUAGCCUUCAGUGUAUGUAAGAUGAGCAGAUAUUGUGCUACUUAAUUAUUACCUAUAUGCAAAUAGCUAGGUACCUCCUGGAUGGGCAAGGACUCUAGGAUCGGCAUUUAGGCAGCUGUUUCCAUAACAUCUUUUUAUACUGAGUUGAUUUGAGAUUGAGCUUUUCCUAAACUUUUUAAAACUGAGAGUAAAAUUCAAAACUUGUAAAUAAAAAGGAUCCUAGACAGUUUAGUAACUGUAGAACAUUGUUACAAUCAAUAAAAGGGGGUUU